UUCCCAAAUGAGGUUGGGUGCAGGGGACCAAAUGUAGGGGUACAAAGGUCUCUUUCUCUCUCUCCCGGGGGUAGGUGGUCUAAGGAGGAGGAUUAGACCAAAGGUUACAAAUACAGGACCCUCCCCUCUGUAAAAGAUGCAGGCAGGUAGUCUGUACCUCUUAGGGUGUGACGGCCCACGCUUAGCCAGGUGCCUAAUUCCCAGGUAAAUGGCGGCUGCUGUGAUUAGAACAAGGGUGCUGAGCAAAGGAAGCAGCUUAGCGGUUUGGAAAUUCAGAAGGCAGAGGAAUGAGUCCAGGGUAGGAGCCGGGAGGUCUGGGUUCUAGACCAGAUCGUCCUCUCCCGCCUUGUAUGGCCCUGCGCAAAGUGUUCUACCUGUCCCCUGGUUUUUGUCUGCUCGUGGGUCUGUUAGCCAAGUCAUGCAUGAACGCCUUCUUAGUGUCAAAGAUUCAGCAAUGCAGAAAGGCACAGAACAAAACACGAAGGUCACGUAUUCUCAGGGCCCUCCCCAGAGGAAGCCACUGAUGAUGGAGUGGUGUACACCCUUUUCAAUCCCAUCUGUGUAUUGCAUUCCUUUGUGUGUAAAUGCACCCCUGUAUCAGCUCCUUCUUUUUUAUAUAAAUGAGAUCGUGCUCUCCAUAUUCUUUUGUGUCUUGCUUUUUUCACUGAACACCAUGUCUUUGAGAACUUCCAUGGGGUGCAGUUAAAUCAUCCUCAUUCAUUUUUAUUGGCAGUGGGGCAUUCCACAAAAGUACACCCUAUAAUCACUUGGCAAGUCCAGUGUUAGAGGAGGCGUCGGCACGGGAGAAUUCAGGCGCUCACCGAUACCAUUCAUUGGAACAUGGUCUUCAUCGCUCAGCUUUGCUUCUUUUCCCCACUCCAGAAGGGGAGCUCCAGGGGCUCCCGGCUUGACGAUCCCUUUGGCGUUCCUCGUCUAUGCCGCCGGCAUCUUCUCCAACAUGGGCAACUACAAGUCCUUUGGCGACACCAAGUUUGUGCCCAACUUGCCCAAGGAGAAGCUGGAACGUGUGAUCCUGGCGAGCAAGGCUGCUCAGCAGCACCCAGAAGAAGUCCGGGGCCUCUGGCAGGCCUGCGGGGAGCUCAUGUUCUCUCUGGAGCCGCGGCUGCGACACCUCGGGCUGGGGAAGGAGGGAAUCACCACCUAUUUCUCUGGGAAUUGUACCAUGGAGGAUGCCAAACUGGCCCAGGACUUCCUGGACUCUCAGAACCUCAGUGCCUACAACACGCGGCUGUUCAAGGAGGCCGCCCAGGACGGGAAGCCUCACUACGAGGUGCGGCUGGCAUCCGUGCUUGGGACAGAGCCUGCUCUGGACUCCGAAGUGACUUCCAAACUGAAGAGCUAUGAAUUCCAGGGGAGCUCUUUCCAGGUGACCCGGGGGGACUACGGGCCCAUCCUCCAGAAGGUGGUAGAGCACCUGGAGAAAGCCAAGGCCUAUUGCGCCAACAGCCACCAGGAGCAGAUGCUGGCCCAGUAUAUAGAGAGCUUCACCCAGGGCUCCAUCGAGGCUCACAAGAGGGGUUCCCGCUUCUGGAUCCAGGACAAAAGCCCCAUCGUGGAGAGUUACAUCGGGUUCAUCGAGAGCUACCGUGACCCCUUUGGUUCCCGCGGGGAGUUUGAAGGCUUCGUGGCCAUGGUGAACAAGGCCAUGAGUGCCAAGUUCGAGCGGCUGGUGUCAAGCGCGGAGCAGCUGCUGAAGGAGCUGCCCUGGCCCCCAGCCUUCGAGAAGGACAAGUUUCUCACCCCCGACUUCACCUCCCUGGACGUUCUCACCUUCGCUGGGUCUGGCAUCCCUGCUGGCAUCAACAUCCCCAACUAUGAUGACCUAAGGCAGACGGAAGGCUUUAAGAAUGUAUCGCUGGGGAACGUGCUGGCUGUGGCCUAUGCCACAAAGCGGGAGAAGCUCACCUUCCUGGAGGAGGACGACAAGGACCUGUACAUCCGCUGGAAGGGGCCCUCCUUCGAGGUGCAGGUGGGGCUGCACGAGCUGCUGGGCCAUGGCAGCGGCAAGCUCUUCGUGCAGGACGAGAAAGGAGCAUUCAACUUUGACCAGGAGACAGUGAUCAACCCAGAGACAGGGGAGCAGAUUCAGAGCUGGUACCGGUGUGGGGAGACCUGGGACAGCAAGUUCAGCACCAUCGCCUCCAGCUAUGAAGAGUGCCGGGCGGAGAGUGUGGGCCUCUACCUCUGCCUGAACCCCCAAGUGCUGGAGAUCUUCGGCUUUGAGGGGGCCGAGGCGGAGGACGUGGUCUACGUGAACUGGCUCAACAUGGUGCGGGCUGGCCUGCUGGCUCUGGAGUUCUACACCCCCGAGGCCUCCAACUGGAGACAGGCCCACAUGCAGGCCCGGUUUGUGAUCCUCAGGGUCUUGCUGGAGGCGGGCGAGGGACUUGUCAGCAUCACUCCCACCACGGGGUCCGAUGGGCGCCCGGAUGCCCGCAUCCACCUUGACCGCAGCAAGAUCCGUUCCGUGGGCAAGCCCGCCCUGGAGCGGUUCCUGCGGAGACUCCAGGUGCUGAAGUCCACCGGGGAUGUGGCCGGAGGUCGGGCCCUGUACGAGGCUUACGCAGCCGUCACCGACGCGGCCCCCGAGUGCUUCCUCACCCUCCGGGACACGGUGCUGCUGCGCAAGGAGUCUCGGAAGCUCAUCGUUCAGCCCAACACACACCUUGAAGGCUCAGAGGUGCAGCUCCUCGAGUAUGAGGCCUCGGCUGCUGGUCUCAUCCGGUCCUUCUCCGAGCGCUUCCCAGAGGAUGGGCCCGAGUUAGAGGAGGUCCUCACCCAGCUGGCCACAGCUGAUGCUGGCUUCUGGAAGGGCCCCUGCGAGGCCCCACCUGGCCAGGCCUGAGAUGGGCUAGUGCGGCCCCUGCCCCCCUCGCAUCAAACCGAGGCUGCAAGUGGCCCUUCUGUGUGUGUAUUUUGAAGGGCUGGGGGCAGGGCAGGAUCUGGGAUCUUGGUGCUACCUCAGUCCUGGGUGGUGACACUAACCCCUUGCAUUUGUCAGCACUUUCCAAUUUACCAAGUGCUUCCCAUCUGUUAUCUGCAUUGCCACCUGCGGAGUGGGCAAGACAGGGCUGUUUUCCAGAUGAGGAAGUGGAAGUUCUGAGACGUUGACGUGACUUGUCUAGAUCCCACAGGUGGUAUGUGAUGGAGCCAGGACUCAACACCUCCUUGCCAAAUCCAGUGCUCUUUGUGUAUUACUUUUAUAACCAGAAAAAUAAAUAUUAGAAACCACC